AUGCAGCUUCCAGAAGAUUGCAUUGAAGAAAUUUUAGAAUAUCUUGAAGAUGAUAUAAUAACUUUACAUUCAUGUUCUUUGGUUAGUCGAACAUUAUGUAAAAUAGCAAUUCCAAUUUUGUGGCGACAACCUUUUCGUUAUAAACGUCACAACCCUUCUUCAGCCUUAAUAGAAACAUAUUGGAAUUUUCUUAAAAAAGAGUAUGUGACAUCCGAAGAUAAGAUGAUCUUGUCAGAUUUUGGUAUAGAAAUAUCACAACAACAAUUAAAACAAAAAAAGGAGGAAAUAUUUAAUUAUCCAUCAUUCAUUAAAAGACUUAAUUCUCGAGAUUUAUAUGAUUUCUCUCUUAUAUGGUUUAUAAGUUCUAAAACUUUAGUCAAACCACUUACACCAGAACCAAUGAUAACUAUUGCUAGAUGUUUAUUUAAUACCUUUAUUGCUAGAGGUGCAAAAUUUGAAUAUUUGUUUUGGGAAACUGAAUUAAUUGUAUUUGGAUGUUUUGUUAAAUACGGACAUGAACAAACAUUUAAUAAUGCAGCAAUCGCAUGUCAUGAAAUAGAUACAUUAAUUAUUGGAAUUCGUAUGAAUGAAAAUUAUUCAGGUAAAGAAGAAAAAUUGGAAUCAUUAAAUAAAUUAAUUAAUGCACAAAAUAAAUUACGAGAAUUUAUUUUUGCGGAAUAUCCAGGAUGUACUUGGGAUACUUUAACCAGAUUAAGAGAAGUUGAUAUUUCUUUAGAUAGUCAAAUUGAUACAUUAACAUCUAUUGAAUUUAAUAAUGUUGAUUUUAGUUUUUGGAAACCUUUAGAAUUUGUAAUAAGAUUAAUAAAUUUAGAAAAUUUGAUAUUUAAGAACUGUCGAAAUUUAGAAAUUGUAUUAGAACCAUUUAAAUUUAGUUCAUUUAAAAAACUUAAAAAAUUAGUUAUGAUUGGAUAUGAAGGAAGUAAUAAUAUUCCUUUAGAAUUAUUAAAUAAUUUAAUUGGUCAAACAAGUGAAACAUUAAAUCAUCUUUCAAUAGUUAUGAAUUCGGAAUUAACCAGAGUAGUGACAUCCGCCAUACAAAAAUAUCAUCCAGAAUUAAUAGAAUUAUUUAUAAAACUUGAUCAAUCACAUUUCUUUAUUCUCCAUAAAACCCGUCCAUUUUAUAAUCUGAUAAAAUUAAAAAAAUUAGUUAUAAGUAGUUUGGGAAAUUUAAAAGUUAUGACUGAUGAACUUUUACCACAAUUAGGAAGAAGUUUACCUCCAAAUUUAUUACAUUUAGAAAUUCAAGCUCCAUGGAAAUUUAGUAUAAAAUCAUUAAAAAAAUUUUUGGAUAAUAAUCAAGCACCAAUAAAAAUAUUCGAUAUUAGACAUUGUAAAGAUUUACAAGAUGAACAUAUAAUUCUUAUUUUAAAUCGAUUAAAAAAUACUUUAGAGAAAUUAAUUAUUUCUGAUGAAUGUAUGAAUCCACAAUUUUAUGGUAGAGUGGAUUCUCUACGUUAUAGAUGGGAAUAA